UCACCCUUCAAAACCACCCCCCCACCUCUUCACACUCUUCAACUCUUUCUCAAACUCUCUCCCUCUCUCUCUCCCUCUUUCUCUCUCUGCAAUGGCUUCCACUGAAGCUUCCGUCGCCCCAACCCCGUUGCUGAAGGAUGAACUUGACAUUGUGAUCCCCACCAUCAGGAACCUGGACUUCCUUGAGAUGUGGAGGCCAUUCUUCCAGCCUUACCACCUCAUCAUCGUCCAAGAUGGUGACCCUUCAAAGACCAUCAACGUCCCUGAAGGCUUCGACUACGAGCUCUACAACCGCAACGACAUCAACAGGAUUCUGGGUCCCAAGGCCUCCUGCAUUUCAUUCAAGGACUCUGCUUGCCGCUGCUUUGGCUACAUGGUCUCCAAGAAGAAGUAUAUCUUCACAAUUGACGAUGACUGCUUUGUUGCCAAAGACCCAUCUGGAAAAGCAAUCAAUGCACUUGAGCAGCACAUCAAGAACAUCCUCUCCCCAUCCACCCCUCAUUUUUUCAAUACCCUGUAUGACCCUUACCGUGAAGGUGCUGACUUUGUUCGUGGAUACCCUUUUAGUCUACGUGAAGGUGCCAAAACUGCUGUUUCUCAUGGCCUCUGGCUCAACAUACCAGAUUAUGAUGCACCUACACAGCUUGUGAAGCCUCGCGAGAGGAACACUAGGUAUGUGGAUGCCGUUAUGACAAUUCCAAAGGGCACCUUGUUCCCCAUGUGUGGAAUGAAUUUAACAUUCGACCGUGAGCUUAUCGGUCCUGCAAUGUAUUUUGGUCUCAUGGGUGACGGUCAGCCUAUUGGACGUUACGACGAUAUGUGGGCAGGCUGGUGCAUGAAGGUGAUAUGUGACCAUUUGGGAUUGGGAGUCAAGACAGGGCUGCCGUACAUCUGGCACAGCAAAGCGAGCAACCCAUUCGUGAACCUGAAGAAGGAAUACAAAGGCAUCUUCUGGCAGGAGGAGAUCAUCCCAUUCUUCCAAUCAGCUGUUCUUCCAAAAGACUGCACCUCUGUUCAGAAGUGCUACCUUGAACUGUCCAAGCAGGUUAAGGAAAAGCUUGCUAAGGUCGACCCCUACUUCGACAAGCUGGCGGAUGCCAUGGUCACAUGGAUUGAAGCUUGGGAUGAGCUAAACCCGGCUGGAGCUGGAGCUUCUGCUCCACUGCCCAAUGGCCAAAAGGCCUAAUUGCAAUUUUGAUAGAGAGCCAAUGCCAUCCAUUAUCUUACUAUAGUUUUUGCGAACUGUCGGUAGUUUUAGUCGUUGUGAUGUUUAAUUAUCGUAUCUCUGGCCCAUUUGGUUACCUCUUGGAUUUGCAGAUUGGCGGGUGUAAUUUUAUUUAUUGACUUCAUGCUAUGUUAUCCCAAUGAGCUUAGAGCAAUAAAAUACUCCAUUUGAUUUA